AUGGCAAGACACAAGAAGGGAGCUGCUGCCCCCCGUGGCGGAACGAAGGCCAGAGGUGGACGAGGAGGCCGCGGUGGUAGAGGAGGUUUCCAUGGACGUGGCGACCAUACAUUUACACCACCUCGGAUCAAUUUUACCAGGGAUGAAACUGCUGGUUUCACUCUUGCCGAUGAAGCCCGUCAGACGUCGCUGCACGACCACUCUGCAUGGGGCAGUUCUAGCUUGCGCUCGCGACCAGUUUCCUUUGUCAGUGCUGGACCUAGCGAACCAUUAAAGUUGCUGGAAACAAUAAUCGACACAGUGGAAGAUUCGAAGACGACCGGAAAACAAGAUGGAGAAUACGCCGAGGAGAAUACAGCAGAAGAAGAAGGAGGGGAGGGAGGUAGAUACGACAAUAUUGACGAACAAGAACCCGCAGGCCAGUCCGGAGAGGAUGAUUUCAUAGGGCCAGACGAUCUUGAGAAAGCUAUUCAGGCCGGAUCGGCCGCUGCAAAGGAUGUCCAGAGCGAGCCAUCCUUUUUCUUCGACCUUAAAGGGGAUCAAUCGAUGGAAAACCGGAACCGAGCCCCAGUGAAGAUUCCUGAGCGACCCUCGUCCAGAAGCAGCAGCUCAAGCGAAGAAGUAAUUCUAUUCAAAGGCCGGGGUGGCCAAAAAAGAAACGAAACAGCAUCAGGAAUCGACAUGGUACAGAUGCAGGCGGAAAUUCGAGUUGUCGAGCAAGCCAUUAUCGCGAAGCCCACCCAACCCGCACCCUCACCGGACCCCGAGCUCCCGACAAAGCCAGUACGCAGCAGAAAGCUUUCCAAAAACGAGAAGAAACAGAAAGGCCGUGAAAAGCGCAACGCGAAAACCCGAUUCGAGGACGAAGAGGAUGCCAUCCUGGCCGAUUAUAUUGCUAACCUGCGAGAUAACACUGACGUGGAUGAUUACUUUAAACAGCUACUCGAAGGAGGAAAUGAGUCCGAUAACAGUGGCGCAUCUGACCUUUCCGCCUCCAAUGCUAAACGAGACCAUACUCCUGGGGAUGUCGAUGAUACAGAAUGUGGCGAGUCGGACGAAGACUCUGAGGGUGAAGCUGAAGCCAUGCACGAAAAUGAAUUUCCGAGCGAGGUGGACGACGAAACACUGGCAAGGUUGAUUGCUGGCCAUCAAUUUAGCCAAGAUCUGGGAAUGGAGGAUGUAAAUUUUGGGGAUUCCAGCGAUUCGGACCUGGCGAGCGACAAACCCACCAAAAAGACGAAACAGCGACAAAUGCUUGAGGAUGAAUUCGACGUGAUGGACUGGGAACGACCCAGCCUAUAUUCGCGUAAAGCAAAUGGAGCCAAAACCCAGAUCAACUUCAACUUGUCCGACUCCGAAUUGGAGGCAACCUUGCAAGCCAGCUGGAAAAACGAUCGACUAAAGAAGUCAAACCGUAAGAGGCAACGCGAGGAGAUGCGUGCACUUGGCAUGCUAGGCAAGAACGUCAACCCCGAUGACCUCCGCGUCAAGUACCCAGACGGAAUGAAUUUGGAACAGGUCGCAGACGAGAUGCGAACCUUUAUGCAAAGUACCGACGAGCAACUAAUUUUACCCCCUAUGGAUAACCAUGCCCGCAAGAUGAUACACGAGCUGGCAAAUAAAUUUAAGAUCAAGUCCAAAUCGAUAGGAAAAGGCGACCAACGGAGGCCGACACUUUAUCGAACACUGCGCACGCCCCCGUACUCCAAAACAACAUUCGAUCAAGCAUUCAAUCGGGUGAAUCGCAAGUAUUUACCUCGUCUGGAUAAAAAGGGCAAGAAGAGCAAGCGUCUUCCGCCCGUCCGUGGUGGCACUUCCGUCGCAGCAGCGACAUAUCAAGAUGGUGAGGUUGUCGGCGCAUCGGCACCGGAACUAGGCAUUGACAACCGUGGAAGAGCCAUGUUGGAAAAGAUGGGUUGGAGCAUGGGUACCGCGCUGGGUUCAAUGAACAAUAAAGGUAUCAUGCAACCCGUCACGCACACUAUGAAGCGAACGAAGGCUGGGUUAGGAUAG